CAGCUCCUCAUACAAUCAUCAACAAACACACAUUUAUCACCUCAUCCAUUUUAUCAACAAUAACCCAAAACGAAUACUCUGAAAAAAAUCACACAAACUUCACUCCACUCAGAUUCAGCCACACAAAUCUAUCCACUCUGCCAUGGCUGGUUUGCUGGAAACUAUCGCCGUUCCUCGUGCCGCCGCCGCCACUGCUGCUGCUGCUUUGCCGUCGUCAGCAUCGUUAGCUCCUGUUUCCGGUCGCCGGUCCUCUAUUAAAUUCUCUGUAUUCAAUGGUCUUAAGAUCCAAUCGACUCGUUCAUCAGUGUCCUUUAACUCAUUUACAAAAUCUGUUCAACGUAGAGGAGGAAGAAUCGUCUGUGAAGCUCAGGAUACUGCCGUUCUAGUGCCUGGUGUUAAUGAUCAAACAUGGGAGACUCUUGUUAUGGGGUCUGAUCUACCCGUUCUGGUUGAAUUUUGGGCUCCAUGGUGUGGUCCAUGCCGAAUGAUUCACCCUGUUAUUGAUGAACUAUCACAGGAAUUUGCUGGCAAGUUUAAAUUCUUCAAGGUGAACACGGAUGAAAGUCCUGGCAUAGCGACCAGAUAUGGGAUUCGAAGUAUCCCAACCGUCAUAAUUUUCAAGGAUGGAGAGAAGAAAGAUGCAGUCAUUGGUGCAGUCCCCAAAACAACGUUGACGGCCUCCAUAGAAAAAUUCUUGUAAAAUGGUACAUAUGUAGAUAUGUUGUAUGAGAAUUUAGCUCUUUUAUAUUUUCCCUCUUUGCCUAUGGCACUGCAAGAAUUAUAACUUGAUGAACCUGAGAUUCGUCUGUAUAGUUGUGUCAUAUGCUACGUUUCCUCUUUUGGCAUUA